AACCUGUAUACCAUUUCUUUCUUUGCUUCCCCUUCCCAACACCUAUCAUUCCCUCUCUCUCUCUCUCUAUAUAUAUAUAAAUAUAUAUGCUAUCUCUUGUGUGUACAUACAGUAAUAUUGCACUUAAUGGAUGUCUAAUUCACUACCAUUUAUUCUUGCGCCACCCUGUUGUUUGCUUGUGUUUAUUAGGACAUGUGGUUUUACAAUCGUCAUUUUCAUGCAGUCGGUGUUAAAAGCCAACAGCGUUAAAUCCAACAAAAUAAAGUCUCCUUAUUUUUUUUUUUGCUUCCUAUUCCUGCUCCCCAUCUCCAACUUACAUUGUCAACCAUGAGGCUAUUACUACUUGCUAUUUUAUUUGCCACGUUACUAUCUCUUUGCGCGUGUGAUGCUCAAUUCGACAAAGACACUGUAGACUCCACCGGCGGUCUACAUUUACAUUACGCUGCAUCGCCCCAUUCUGAACAAGAGCAACACGAACAGCAUCUCCAACAACAGCUACAGCAACAGCAAAAACAACAUCACUCAACGUCGUCGUCUUCUUUAACACUCACUUUACCUCCUGCAGUACCGCCCACUGUAAUCGAACAAGUCAUCUCGCAAGUUUUGGAAUGGCACGCCCGAUUCGUUCACUAUCUUGAACAACGGUUUCCGCGCUACUUUGAGCUACUAGCCCAUGUUCACAGAGUAACAGAACAAGCGCGACACGAGAACCAAGUGUUUGGACGCCGGUACGUUCUGCUGACGUGGGACGACAUUUAUUUUGACUUACGGCGUAUGGUCUCGUGGUGGCCCCUGUUUGCAGAGGAAGCGUCGCUGGUGAUGACUGAUACAGUAACCCGUCGACGGGCCAUUGCCGACACCAUCAAACACUUGCGGCCACGUUCUUUGCAACAAGGCGCUUUGACGAAACAGAUUCGACUCCUCCAUUGGACUACCGACGCCGCUGAGCGAUCCACAGCUGCCACACACGAGCUCGCCGAUCACUACAGCAAAGUAUUGGAUCAACUCACGCAGUUCACAGACAAUCUCAAAAACGAAACCAUACCAUCAUCCGAUAUUUCCGAAAUGAACAAACUAUUGCUGCAAACGAACACCCAAGGACUAGCGCUGGUCAAAAAUAUGCGUAGAACCAUCGAUGCAGAAUUCGCCAAAAUUGUGUGGCUGUCUGGCCCUCUCCGUCCAUGGCUUGAAGAGUUAAAGGCAGCAGGCUUGUCGGCCAUGGCAGAGGCGCACAAGGAUGCCAUGUACACGGCCGUAUCGAGGAUUCGCAAGUUAAUUAUCAACUCGAUUACAUUGGGUCCACAAGAUCUUGCUACUGCCGUAGAGGCUGUGGAUGAGAGCAAGCCACGGGCGGAACGUGCGUUUAGCCAGGCCGAAAAGCAGUUGCGGGCGAUUUGGGAAAAUGCGGCAUCUGAGAUCCGAGCGUCGCCAUGGACUACGCCCUAUUGGGAAGACGCUUUAAAGGAUACGGUCAUGGCAACGCAGAGUCAUGUGCUCAGCUUCAAGUCUAUGAUCCAAAGCGUGUUUGCUCGUUUGGCAGGAUGUCAUUGUGGGGGCCGACAACAGCAGUAGAAUCAAGGGCCUUGUUAUCCGUUUCCACAGCUUAAAUUGUUUUAUUUUGUAUAUAAAAUAUAACCUUAGUUUUCUGUAAAUAAUAUAUAUGCCGUGGAGCGCGGGCAUCACGGGCCUAUAUUUUCAUAUAAUUCGGAGAUCAGAUUGACUUAUGAGCC